AUGUGGAGUAAGAAGAAGCUGGAGGCGUUUGUGGUGCUGAACAUAGUUGCUGCAAUGGCGUUGACGACUCUGAAGGUCGUGAUACUUGUGAACUAUAAGGCAGGAGGUCUGCUGAUGUUCAUCUCAAGCAUUGUGAAGAUGAUGGUCUCAUAUCUAAACAUACAGACUCUCGACUUCAAAAUGAGGUACGUGUUCGUUAUUGCGGUCCUAAACUUUGUCGGAGGCUGUCUAGGUAUGCUUGCAUACUACUAUAAAGCCUCCUCAACAUCGUACAUCAUCUCUUCCAAUCUCCAGCAUCUGUUUACUGCGCUUAUGGUGACAGCCUGGAAUGGUACAAGAUACUCAUCCAUCCAGUACAUCGGGCUUAUGCUGAUUCUGGUGGGGUUUCUGGUUGAAAUAUCCUCUGGAGAAUUCCUGUGCAUCCCGCUGCAUAUGUUUAUUGGCUCUUUGUCCGGGCUGUUCAAUGCGCUCAGCCUGGCCGUCUUUGAAUCAAAGAUAAAGCCUGUUCUUGUUGACUUCAGAAGGCUCUGGUGCUACAUGACAACAUACGGACUCUACCUCACGGUGUUUUCCUCGUUCUACAUGGUGGAGGAGGCCUUCACCAAGAAGGCCGAGUACAUCAAAAUGGUUUCGUCUCCCAUUAUCUACCUGGUGUUUCUCAUAGAGAUUGCAACAACAUAUCUGCUGUCGGAGAUUUCGCCGUUCCUGGAUACUGUGGAAAGAUCCACGCUACUCAAUGUCAUCACAGGCCUUUCUGCGGCAGUUUCUGACGUGUAUCUGUGCAGAGAGAUAGACAUCCAAAGAUUCCUGGCGUUUUCAUUCACGGUCAUUGGUGUUCAGGUGUUCAAUUUCUUCUGGAAGGAGGCCGUCCAUCCGUUCCAUCAUGUUGAUGGAUGUACAUCAUAG